GUUGGAUAUAAUUCUUCGACAUGAGCAUGAGGGUCAAAACAACACACGCAUACAAAGGCGGACGACGACCGAACAAGGGAAAUGCCGCUCUUCACCUUGCUGCCAUCAGAGGCAACCACUCAGUCGUCCGGUCCUUGCUCGCCCGAGAAGCUAGUCUUGAGCACAAAAAUUCAGAGGGAAAUACUGCACUGGCGCUGGCGGUAAAACAUCGACAUGAACGAAUUGCACACAUGUUGUUGGAGGAAGGUGCUAAGCCAGACGCCAGGGUUUCAGAAGGGUAUACAUGCCUGCAUCACGCAAUUCGAUCCCGGCUAGGCAUAUCCAUGGUUUCUUUACUACUGCAGCACGGGGCCGAUGUUCUCGCCCAGGGUCCUCGAGGCCAGACUCCCCUCCACAUAGCUGUGGGCCAGAGAAAUGUGGUAACACUACUAAUACAACAUGGCGCUGAUAUCUUUGCCAAGGAUGGCAGUCACCAAACUCCUUUUGAUAAUGCGUUGCAGCAUAACGACCGUGAAAUGUUUGAGGAGUUAGUCAAGAAAGCAAAAGAGCUUUCUCGCAACGCAUCGGACCCUAUAUAUCAGAUAAGUGGAGUUGAUCUAUUCCAGCAUCUACAACACAACAUUCAACCCAGCGAUAAUGCCCGGUUUUCACAAGUUGUUGGAGAGCAUUAUAGGCCAUGGAGGAGGCUCCAUGUGAUGCCUACCCUACAUGCCGUCAUUCUUGCAGGUAAUGCCGAGCUGGCCAGGGCAAUAAUCCGCGAAUCGUGGGUCGACGUCAACGUGACAAACUAUUACAAACAAACGGCGCUGCAUCUUGCUGCUGCUGAAAACCAGCAUAGCUGUGUACUCGUGCUUCUUGAUCAUGGAGCAAAUAUUAACGCGCAAGACAUGUUCGAUAAGACCCCUUUGUAUCUAGCGGCCGUUGAUGGAGCGCGUAAGUGCUUUCGUACUCUUCUAAAGUAUGAGGCGGAUAUGAUUAGGUAGCAUAUAAGACCCUCUCUUCCAGAAGAAUAUUCCCCGCUGAUAGCGGUCUCGGUAUAGUGUCAUGCAAGAUAGAGUUCAAGAAUAAAUCGAGGAGAAGAAAACGUGAAACUCCUAAGCUCG